UGUCUGAGGAGUAGGACACAGUGCAGAGCAAAGAGACGGACAGACUCCGCUCCUCUUCAGGUUUUGUUUGACCGGUCCAGUCCAAUGUCCACCAGUCCCAGCUCUGUCCCUCAGCCCAACAGCAUGGAGGAACCUCAGCAACCAGACCAGCCAAUCAGCACGCAGCCUGAUGGAGAAGCUGUCCAAUCAGACGCUGCCUGUCCUCCUGCAGGUGCAGCAGAGGACAGGUCGAUGGACCACCUGACUGUGAUCAGUGAGACCUCAGAGACCAGUAACGGUGUGGCUCCUCCCAUGGCCGACUCGUCCCCCGCGGCGUCCUCCGUGUCGCCCAAGCUCCACGCCAAGCCAGGCGGCCACGUUAACGGCCGGCCUCGCUUGGGCAGCCGGUCCGGCUCGUUGGCGGCGGGCUCCCCCAGGCCCUCGCUGACCCGCCAGCCCAGCACCAUCACAGAGGGCGCCGCGGACGGAUCCAAACCCAGAGACUACCUGAUCCUGGCCAUCCUGUCCUGCUUCUGUCCUCUGGUCCCCAUCAACAUCGUGGCCCUAACCUUCUCCGUCAUGUCCAGGAACAGUCUGCAGCAAGGCAAUGUGGACGGAGCACGGCGUCUGGGUCGGAACGCCAUGGUUCUGUCCAUCGUCUCCAUCUUAGGAGGGAUCGCCAUCAUCGCCGCCGCCAUCGCCCUGAACUGGGGACUGAUACUCAAGUCCUGAUCACCAGAACCAGAACCAGAACCAGCACAAUGACACGGUCUUCACCUCACCGUGGAGUCCGGUCCCUGAAGCACCUGAACCUGUCUCACCUCACCGGAUCAUCUUUCUUUCUUUUUGCACGACGAGCACGGUCCGCCUGACUCUACCUCCAAAACCAGCCCAUCAGUCCAGAACCAGAACCAGAACCCCACAGAGGAACCACUCACAUGUUGCCAUGGAAACAGACUUUUUUCAUCCUCUCAUCUCUGAAUGUCCAGAAAUAAAACAAACUGCUGCUUUUAAUGUUUCGAUGCCAAAAAAAAAAAAAAA